CUUAAUUUAAUUGUGCAAGAUGGUUUGAAAGAAAUUGGUCCUUCUAUCAAACAGGUGAGACAAAUGGUGAAAUAUGUUAGAUCAUCUUCUACAAGGACAAGAAACUUCUUGAAAUGUGUUGAAAUACAAAAGAUAGAAAGUGAUAAGAUGUUGUCUUUAGAUGUGCCUACUAGGUGGAAUUCCACAUAUUUGAUGUUGGACACGACAGAAAAGUUUGAGAAAGCUUUUGAAAGGUUUGAUCUUUAUGAUGGUAAUUUUAAUUCUUUUCUUGCUACUGAUGUUUGUGAAGAUGGAAGUAUUGCAGGUUCAAUUCAAAAUGAGGAUUGGACUAAUGUGAGGAAUGUCACAAAAUUUCUUGAAAAAUUUUAUGAGCUCAUAUUGAAAGUUUCAGGUUCACGAGAUGGCAAAUAGUGGAAGAAACUCUUCCAUUGUUGAUCUAUGAUUGACUUGCAAG